AUGGGCAAGAGGAAACGGUCCAAGAAGAAGCCUCUUACCCAGGAGGAAAUAUGGGACGAUUCUGCUCUGAUCCAAUCAUGGGAUGACGCUGUCGAAGAAUACAAGCUCUAUCACAGCAUCCAGGCGAGGGGUGAGAACGUGGAUGAGAUCCUGAGAGCAGAGGAAGCCAAGGCUCGUGCUGAGGAUGAUGAAGCUGCUGUUAAAGGCGCCCAUGACGAACUUGCAGCUGGGACCCAGCCAGAUGGUCAACCUGAGGCUGAGGCUAAGUCUGCCUAUGAGGAGGCCAAUGAUCAAGACAUGGAGAUGACAGGAACAGGGCUUCAUGGAGAGCAUGGAGACCAGCAGGAGGCCCCUGGCGCCAAGUCAAACCCAGAACCAAACCGCACCACCAGCGGAAUAUUCGCCAACAUGCCACAGCUUGUCUCGCAGGGUGGAAGUGAUUCGUCUGGUGCAGACGAAGGAUUAAGAAAUCUUAUGAUGGCAUGGUACUUUGCCGGUUACUACACGGGUCUCUAUGAAGGACAGCAACGGGGAACAAAUCAGCGCUUGUGA